AGAAUACUAUGGCUGAAGUCACUCAGCGUCAGGUCGAUCGUUUGGUAGAUGAACUAGGACCCCACUUAGAUACAGAAGAACACCGUGUAUGGCUUGGUUCGAAGGUGUAUGAGUGGUUUCUGAAGGCUCGACCCGAAUACAUUUGCAAAUUUUCACGACUUCAAGGUCUUGACGAAAGUAACGUCGCACAAUCGGAAGGAAUCAAGUACUACGCGAAAACUCUGGUUGACGCAUUAGUCCCCAUAGUCCUGGCAGCAGCCAACAAAAGUGAGCUGGACAAGCUAUGUUUAAAUGAAGCUGUUUAUCACAGAACCCGUCAGGUCACAGAAGAAACUUUCAAGGAUUCGUUGCCAGUAUUUCUGGACAUUUUCGACUAUUAUUUAGAAGAUUCGGAGAACAAGGAAACAAUGAAGCGAAUACUGAGUUACGUGUUCUCAUCAAUUGGUUCUCAGAUAUAGACAAGGGGCAGGAGACCACACAAAAAAUGGAAUUUCGCAGAGCUGGAAUUGAACAAGUUGAUACAAAUCAAGUUAACGUAUUAGUCAUGUUAAUAAAUCUAUUCCUGAGGUAUUUUUACUUAGCUUGAAAAAUCUGUCAUGCAAUAAACAGUUUCAAAU